AUGCAGACUAUCCUCACAUCUGCCCUCACGGCGGCUCUGUUGCCAGCCGGCCUCGCCUCUCCGACGUGCACUGUCGAAAGCUGCCUCACCGCGGCCUCCGUUCCCUGGCUCGAUGACACAGCCCCCGACUGGACCGUCUACACCUCACCCUACAAUCUGCGCCUGCCGGUGGCCCCCCGUCUCGUCGUGCCCGCCACGAGUGUAGCCCACAUCCAGGACGCCGUGCGAUGCGCCGCGCGCCACGGGCUCAAAGUGGCGCCCAGGAGCGGCGGCCACGGGUACGCCACCAACGGGCUCGGCGGCGAGGACGGCCACGUUGUCAUACAGCUGGAUCGCAUGUUCGGAGUUCGACUCAGGGAAGACGGGACGGCCAUCUUCAACGCGGGAUCGAGACUGGGUCACAUCGCUACAGAGUUGUUCGCGCAGGGCGGUAGGGCCAUCUCGCAGGGACUCUGCCCGAGUGUCGGGUUGGGCGGACAUGCUGCUCACGGAGGGUUUGGGUUCAGCUCGCACACGCAUGGACUGACGCUCGAUGCCGUCAUCGGGGUGACUGUCGUACUCGCAGACGGAUCUCUCGUGCAUGCCUCCGAGAAGGAGAACGCCGACCUUUUCUGGGCGCUUCGAGGCGCAGGGUCGUCAUUUGGAAUCAUUGUUGAGUUUGAGGUCAAGACCUUUACGGUACCGAAGGAGGUGUCGUGGUUCGCCAUCGCGUCCAAUGUUGCUGUCGAUAAGGAGACGGCGUUCGCGGGAAUCAAGGGCUUUCAGGACUUUGUCGACAACGACAUGCCACCCGAACUCAACCUGCGCCUUUCGUUGACCAACUAUUUCGGCUCCUGGGAUAACAAGCUCGAGGUGCUGUACCACGGCAGCGAGGCCGACGGUAGGGCGGCGCUGGAGCCCCUGAAUGACCUGCUCAAGUUUGACUGGACUUCGGAGCGGACAAGUGUUGGAUCAGGCGACUGGAUGGCGGGCGUGAAGCGCUGGGCGGACGGGUUGACGGGCCCGUCGGUCAACAUCACCUUCCCGUACCAGCAGUCCGGCGCCCUCUUCUUCGCGACGAGCCUGAUGACCAAGAAGAUGCCAGAGGCCUCGUUAGAGGGCUUCGUGGACUACUGGCAGAACCAGGGACAGCAGCCGCGGGCCUGGUUCGUCCAGAUGGACGCCCACGGAGGAGCGAACUCGGCUGUGGCGGCCGUACCAAAGGAUGCCACGUCGUACGUGCACAGGGACAAGUUAUGGCUGUUCCAGUACGUCAUCCUUGCCACAGAUGCGGCGGAUCGGGAGCCUUAUGGUUUUCUCAAUCGCUGGAUCGACGCCGUCAUCGACGGCAUGCCAGACAGCGAUUGGGGACGAUAUGCCAACUACAUCGACCCCGAGUUGAGCCAGAAAGAUGCCUUGGAGCAGUAUUACGGACAACACCUUUCGAGGCUCGAGGCGAUCAAGACAAAGGUCGAUCCGACAGACCUGUUCCACUUCCCACAGGGCAUCCUGCCGCAGUGA